AUGGAAAUGGAGUCAUGUGUACCCCCCGGGUUUCGGUUUCACCCCACUGAAGAAGAACUUGUAGGCUACUAUCUCAACAGGAAGGUUAACUGUCUCAAGAUUGAUCUCGAGGUGAUCACUGAUAUUGAUCUCUACAGAAUGGAGCCAUGGGAUAUUGAAGACAGGUGUAAAUUUGGAUAUGAAGAGCAAAAUGAGUGGUACUUCUUCAGUCACAAGGACAGGAAGUAUCCAACAGGGACUAGGACCAACAGAGCAACGAGUGCUGGUUUCUGGAAGGCGACAGGAAGGGACAAGGCUGUGCUUUCAAAAGAUAAGAUCAUAGGGAUGAGGAAAACUUUGGUGUUCUACAAAGGAAGAGCACCGAAUGGAAGGAAAACAGAUUGGAUCAUGCACGAGUAUCGUCUCCAGACAUCUGAACAUGCACCUCCUCAGGAAGAAGGAUGGGUAGUGUGCCGAGCAUUCAAGAAACCAAAUCCAGGUAAUAAGCCUGGGUUUGAAGGAUGGAACAACACUUACUACCUCAGAGACAGCAGCAACUACAGGCCUCCAUCAUAUCCCAGCACCUCAACUCUGUUGCCUUUUGAUCCAUCUGGCCUCAAUCAGGGAACGAAUGCUCUUCAACCUCCAUUUCUAGCAGAAAAUCUCAAACCCAGUCUCAGCCCUUACGAAAGCCAAAUGGUGGAUCUUCCAAAUCUUGACAGCCCCUCCAUCUCAACAAGCUUCGCCACAACUGAUACUAACUUCGACCACAGUGCUUUGGCUAAUGAGGAAGCUGAAGAUGGAAAGAGCCAAUUUAGCAAUCAAUUCAGUGAGUGGCAGAGCUUUGAUAAACUAAUUGCAUCAUCAUCAUAUGCAUACACAACAAACAUGCCUUUCGCCUCUCAAAAUGAUGAGCUAGAUACUCAAAAUCAAUUAAGUCAUGUUCUUGAGUGCUUUCCUGACUUGUAGGGAUUCUAGAACGAAUGCAUAUCCAUGUAGAAUUUUAUUUAAACAUUGUAAAAAUAACAGACCCCUGUCCCCUGAAAAUCCCAUCAAAGGGCAGUCUCUUUUUUAUUACAAAAGUUGCCUAAGAUGCUUCCCUGCGGACAUAGGCUAAGUGUUGGCUCUGAUUCUUGACCGUUCUUGUGAACAUUUGUAAGUUUCUUCCAUAUAUGUAUAUGGCUUUCUUAGCCUGCUUCAAGAGAAA